AUGGUUCAUGGCAAGUGUGAGCUCAUCGCUCUGUGCCUGGGCAUCGUCGGUCUGACUGGCACGGCCAUGAUCACAGGCCUUCCCAUGUGGAAGGUGACGGCUUUCAUUGGCGAGAACAUCAUCGUCAUGGAGACACGCUGGGAGGGCUUGUGGAUGACCUGCUUCAGACAGGCAAGCAUUCACAUGCAGUGUAAAGUUUACGACUCUCUGCUCUUCCUCCCACCGGACUUACAAGCAGCACGUGGGUUGACGUGUUGUGCUCUUGCUCUAUCUACCCUGGGCCUCCUGGUGUCCAUCAUGGGCCUUUCCAGCACAGCAUGUCUCAAAGAUCAACCGCGCAUCAAACGCAUGAUUGUGAUGGUUGCGGGGGCAAUGCAGAUCAUGGCUUCUCUUUGUGUCAACAUCCCGGUCUCUUGGACUGCCCACACCAUCAUCAGGGACUUCUAUAACCCAUUACUGAUUGACGCCCAGCGAAGGGAACUAGGAGAGGCGCUCUAUAUUGGCUGGGUUACCAGCAUUCUCCUUCUGGCGUCCGGAGUUAUAUUUCUCUGCCGUUGUGCUGGUCCGCAGUCAGCCUCAUUUUACGAGUAUCCACCCGAUCAUACAGGCAAUAACCCAACUCUAAACCGUUUCCAUCCUUUCUCCAGCACCUUUAGUUCUGCAGAACAACAGCCACAGCCCUUGCUCCAGAACAACAGUCUGUCACCUUCUGUAUGCAGCUUUGCCACUAUGCCACCUGUUGGACAAUGUUCACUCUACACCGGAGAGCAAAUGAUAAGACGACCUAUAGUAUACAACCAGAACAUGUUACCAUCUUAUAACCCACAUACAUUUGGCUCAAAUAUAAUGCAAAACCAGUAUGUACCCAUAAAUACACAGGAUCCCAGUCAGCGUUCCACACAUUUCACAGGAAGCAACGACAGCAAUCCGUAUUCCUCCUACACUUCUGGCUCUGCAUUUCAGCCUGUACCGCAGAAUCCACUCUUCGUAGGGUACAAUUUUUCCAGACUGCAGUCAUACAGCUCGAAUAGUAGCGCUGGACUGCGUAUUUAA